CAAUAUUUGAGCGACUUAACUAACUAUCUAGCCAUUCUACGUCGUCGUAUCAUAGUUGUUGCGGUUUCCCAGCCCCAAUUUCACCAGUCUUACCCCAACAGUAGUAUAAAUCACAAAACAUUUAGGAUAAUUCACCAUGACUUCUUCUGUGUUCUUCAAGUUCAAGUCGCAAAAGGAGCCGACAAGGGUUGAGUUCGAUGGCACUGGCAUCUCAGUAUUUGAGCUCAAGCGUGAUAUCAUCAUCAAAAGUGGUCUAGGCGAUGGCACAGAUUUUGAUCUCGCCAUCUAUACAGAUGAUGGUAGUGAAGAGUAUGAUGACGAUACUACCAUUAUCCCAAGGUCCACCACUGUUGUGGCACGUCGUUUACCCCCACAGAAGCCUGGUGCUGGUCGCGCAGCUCGCUAUGUUUCGGGGAAAAUGCCAUCGAGUGCAAAAAACUCUGGUCGCAAAGAAGCCACGACGAAAGUGACGAAGCCCGCAACGACAGGCCUAUCACAGAUGAGCACAGCUCUAACUGAGGAGGAAAAGAUGAUGGCAAUGUUUCAGGCCGAAUCUGACCAAUGGACCGCACAACAAGAAGAAAUGUCUACGAAAACGGCAGUGUAUAAGCCAGGUGCCAAAAAACCUGCAAAUGUUCCCGAUCAUGAACCUCCAAACGGAUAUAUCUGCUACCGCUGCGGGCAGAAAGGUCACUGGAUUCAGUUAUGCCCGACGAAUGACAAUCCUGAAUUCGACAACCGCCCUCGGGUCAAACGGACCACGGGCAUCCCUCGCUCGUUUCUUAAGACAGUGGAUAAGUCAGCACUGCAGCAAACUGGUGCUGAUGGCGAGGAAGUGAAGCCCCCUUCAGGUUUGAUGGUUAACGCAGAUGGCGAAUUUGUGAUUGCUGAACCUGACAAAGCAAGCUGGGAACAAUUCCAAGCCAAGACAAAGUCGUCGGCCGAGGCACAAAAGGCGGCCUCUGCUGAGGACAAGGAGCUAGAAGAGAGAGGAUUAUUGUGCUCCAUCGACAACAGGAUGUUCAUAGACCCAAUGAAGACACCGUGUUGUGAGAAGACGUAUUGCAAUGACUGCAUCACUAAUGCCCUGAUCGAAAGCGACUUCAUCUGCCCUGGAUGCCAGACUGAUGGAGUGCUCAUUGAUGAUCUAAAGUCUGAUGACGAAGCUUCCGCAAAGAUUGUGGAGUUUCUUAAAGAAAGAGAGACAUCAAAGGUGAAAGAACGCUCGUCUAGUCCGCCGGUAGUCAAAUCUCAGCCACAAUCCCCUGGUGAAAAGAAAGAAGCAGUACAAUCAGCUCCCACAAAGACUGAGCCUCCUCCCACCCCAGAGAAAGCUAUACCAGCGAAUGGCGAAGUGAAACCUCAAUCACCGAACGCACCAACAAAGGCCACUGUCACACCUAGCUCUUCAGCCGAACCUAAUGACACAUCUAAGACUACGGAACUUGCGAUCAAGAAGAGACCAGCAGAUGAACUAAUGGAGAACCCCAAAAUUCCUAAGGCGCCAAAGGCUAUGCAACGUGCUCAAGAGGCCAAAGAAAUGCAAAAUAUGAUGUCUGGUAUGAAUGGGAUGGGCGGAAUGCCCAACAUGAUGCCUUUCCCCAUGAUGAAUGGAUUUGGUCAACCUAAUAUGAACAUGGGCAUGAUGGGCAUGAAUCCGAUGAUGAACCCUAUGAUGAGUAUGAGUGGACCGUUCAAUCCCGCAAUGAUGAACGGCAUGUUCGGCGGGAAUUUCGGCAUGAAUGGUGGCGGUAUGAACAACGUGGGAUUCAUGAAUAUGAACGGGGGCAUGAAUGGAUUCAACAACAACAACAACAAUAACAGCAACCAGCAACAGCCCCGACCCAAUUUUACGACGCCUAACAACGAUGAUGAAGCCUAUUUCCGGAAACCUGUCAAUCCUGGACGACACCAAAACCGACAGCGCAGAGUGCGACCCAGCGACUAUAGAGAACUAUAAUCUUGCAUAGCUUCUCGACCAUUCUCUUGUAGACAUGCAUAUCAUCACGUUUUCCAUCCAUGUAUAAUAGUAGCGAUGCGCAUUUAUUCGGCGUUUCGGCGGUAAACGAAAGGAGGCAACCACGACUGAUCCCAAGG